CCUGCCCUGCCCAUCCAGCCACCGUGCAAACCCAGUCACAAGACAGAGACAUCGCUAAAGCUCCACCAGCUGCUUCGUCUCGUGCACGAGCUCGAUCUCCUCCUAGCUAGCUGCAGCAGCCUCUGCCGCCAUGGCGUCCCGUUCCGCUCUGAUCGCGCUGCUCGUCGUCGUGAGCUGCGCCGCGGCGGCCUCGGCGGCCCCGUGGACCGUCGGCGACGCGCAGGGGUGGACUCUUGGCGGCGACUACGCCACCUGGGCCAGGGGCAAGAACUUCUCGGUCGGAGACACGCUCGUGUUCAACUUCGCCACCGGGAACCACGAUGUGCUGGUGGUCUCCAAGAGCGACUACGACAACUGCAACACCGGCAGCGCCAUGAACACCAUCCAGACCGGCCCAGCCACCGUCACCCUCAGCUCCGCCGGCGACCACUACUACAUCUGCGGCAUCGGCACCCACUGCAGCGGCGGCAUGAAGCUCGCCGUCAACGUCGGCUCCGGCUCCGGCUCCCCCUCCCCCUCGACGCCGUCCGCCCCCGGCACCCCCACGCCCACCACCCCCGCCGGCCCCUCCCCGAGCGCCGCGCCCGCGCGCCGCGCGGCCGGCCCCGCCCUCGCCGUCGCCGCCGGCGUGCUCCUCAAGCUCGCCAUGUUCUGAUCGGCGGUCGCCACCGAGAUGUACGGCGCGGCCUGGCUGUUUGCGUGGCCAGAGUAGAGGCAGUGCAGGAUUAUUACUAUUAUUCUUGAGCGUUCCGAUCUGACGGCCGGCGUGUACCUACUGUUGAUGAUGCUAGCUUUUGCUGUUCUGCUUUGUGUUCGAUCAUUUGCGAGUGGUAGUAGUUGGUGACCUGUAAUAAUUUCAUUGUUUUCGCCUCCAUGGAUAUAAUUUGCAUGACUUCUUUAUGACAUGAUCGUUCCUACA